AUGCCGUUCCAGAUGUUCGCGUACAGGGUCAUGGAGACGGAGAAGACCGCCGCCGGCACGCACGCCAGCAAAGACAGGGCCACGGACUCCAGCAGCGAGGAGAACAUGCUGUGUGGCAACGAGAACAGGGUCGGGGCAAGCACACCGGACGACGACGCGUCCACCAUGUCGAGCGGCACCGUGAGGUUGCGCUCGAACAACACCAUGAGGAUUUAG